AUGCUGGAAGCAGGAAUGCAGCAGGAUGUCGUCUCCUACAGUGCCAGCAUCAGCGCAUGUGAGAAGGGCCAGCAAUGGACCAUGGCCCUCUUGCUCUUGUCCCAGAUGUUGACUCAGAAAAUCAAUCCGAAUGUCAUCACCUGGAACUCAGCUAUCAGCUCCUGCGAGAAAGGCUUUCAAUGGGAAUUCGCCCUGCAACUCUUGGUGAACAUGAAGCCGUCUCAACUCCGUGCUGAUCAGGUCUCCUUCGCUGCAACGGUGACGUCCUGCGAGAAGUGCCACUGUUGGGAACAAGCACUCUCUCUGUUAGAUCUGAUGCGCACAGACAGACUGAAGGAGGAUCUCGUUGCCAUGAAUGCCGUCAUUAGCUCGUCCUGUGGUCAGUGGAGCGUGGCGGUCACCAUCUUCCAGGAGAUUUUCAAGGUCUCACUGUUACCGGAUGUGGUCUCAUUCUCUGCGUUAGCUGGUGCCUUAGACCGAGCGAGGCGCUGGAAGGAGGUGCUGGAGCUUUUCCAGCUGCAAAAGGAGCUCCAAGUGCAGCCGAAUGUCGUUUUCUGUGGCCAUGCCCUCGGUGCCAUGGCCAGCAGUGUCCAGUGGCGACCAAGCUUGGCGCUGUUGACGGCCAACCUCGGUUUUGAGAUGGAUGUGGUGUCCUACACAGCAGUGCUUGAUGCCUGUUGCAGCAGCUACCAAUUGGCAACGGCUCUAAAGGUUCUGGAGGAGAUGCAAAGGCAGGAACUACACCCCAACAUCAUCUCCUAUUCAGCUGUCCUGGACGCCUGCGAACGGGAUCUGCAAGCUUCGCAGUUGCUGGAGAUGUUGCCAUCAUGUUCGACCACUUCAUUGGAUUUGAUGCAACAUCUUCGAAGCUGGGUCUAG